UUGCAGUUUUGUUUAUAGGGGUAUAGUUAGAACUGCCUCGGUAAUGGCAGUCUGUGUCUGUAAUGGCAGACUUGGUAAUGGCAGGCUGCCUUGGUAAUGGUUGUCUGCCUCAGUAGUGGUGGACUACCUAGGUAGUGGUGGACUGCCUCGGUAAUGGCGGAUGCUCUUCCCCCACAGUGGUGGACUGUCUCGGUUCUAGGUGUGCUUGCUCUGAAACUCUCAAUUCAGAGAGUUUCAGAUUGCUGGUCUUUGUGGGGGUGGAACUGGCCGAGCCAGAUCACCUUGCUCCCUGUUUUAGUUCCCUCUUUUUUUUUUUUUUCAGUUGCUUGGGCGACUCUUGUCUCCCAGGCAUUCCAUUCGCCAGUUGAAAUGACGCCGAAUUUGUGUGAGUUUUUGUGUGGAGACCCUAUGCGAUGGCUGAAACAGCUGCACUGUGGGCUUGUGGCGCUUUUCUGCCUGGGAACCUCCUGGCGUGGCUCCCUGUUUCAGUCCCCUUUUUUUCAGUUGAAUCGAAGACUCUGUCUCCCGGGCAUUACAGUCGCCAGUUGAAAUGGUGCCCGGAUUUGUGUGAGUUUUUGUGUGGAGACCUGCUGCACUGGCUGAAACGGCUGCAAUGGGGGCUCGUGGAGCUUUUCUGCCUGGGAAUCUUGUGGUCUGUGGGCAGUAAAAAUUAGUUUGGAGAUGAGGACAGAGAUUCCUUCUGCCGUCAGAUGUCUUUCUGCUUGACUGAACUGCACCUGUGGUCUUUGAAGAAUACCUUACACAUUGCGGAUAGAGACAUUGGGAUCUACCAGUAUUAUGACAAGAAAGAUCCACCAGAGUAUGGUAACUUAGAAGAAAAGCAGAAGCUGGCAGAGUCACGAGAUUAUCCUUGGACGCUCAAAAACAGACGCCCAGAAAAACUCCGAGACUCACUCAAAGAGUUGGAGGAGCUGAUGCAAAACAGUCAGUGUGUGCUGAGCAAAUGGAAGAACAAAUAUGUCUGUCAGCUCCUCUUUGGUUCAGGUGUGUUGGUGUCCCUAAGCCUUUCUGGGCCACAGCUGGAGAAAGUGGUGAUUGACAGAAGCCUGGUGGGGAAGCUCAUCUCAGACACCAUCAGUGAUGCUCUUCUCACAGACAGUUUUAUCAUCUUAUCAUUUCUGGCACAAAACAAGCUAUGUUUUAUUCAGUUUACCAAGAAGAUGGAUUCCUCUGAUGUAAACAAAAGACUGGAAAAACUCUCAGCCUUGGAUUAUAAGAUUUUCUAUUAUGAAAUACCUGGCCCAAUAAACAAGACAACAGAGCGUCGUCUAGCUAUCAACUGUGUUCAUGAUAGAGUUGUUUGCUGGUGGCCACUGGUCAAUGAUGAUGCUUGGCCUUGGGCCCCCAUUUCUUCUGAGAAGGAUAGAGCCAAUCUACUCCUCCUGGGUUAUGCUCAAGGAAGACUAGAGGUUCUGAGUUCUGUUCGCACAGAAUGGGACCCACUGGAUGUUUGCUUUGGAGCUAAACAGCCUUAUCAGAUGUUCACAGUGGAGCACUCCAUCAGUGUAGACAAAGAGCCCAUUGCUGACAGCUGCAUCUAUGAAUGUGUUCGGAAUAAAAUCCAGUGUGUGUCUGUCACCAGAAUACCACUAAAAUCGAAGGCCAUCAGUUGUUGCAGGAAUGUUACUGAAGACAAACUGAUUCUGGGCUGUGAAGAUUCCUCACUAAUUCUUUAUGAAACGUACCGUAGAGUGACUUUCCUAGCACAGACUGAACUUUUGCCUUCAUUAAUAAGCUGCCACCCAAGUGGUGCCAUUCUGCUAGUUGGCAGCAACCAAGGGGAGUUACAAAUUUUUGAUAUGGCUCUCUCCCCUAUUAACAUCCAGCUGUUGGCUGAAGACCACUUACCCAGGGAGACUCUGCAAUUCAAUAAAUUAUUUGAUGCUUCCAGCAGUCUUGUUCGAAUGCAAUGGAUAGCUCCUCAGUUUGUUUCUCAGAAGGCUGAAGGUAGUGAUAUCUAUGAUCUCCUCUUCCUCAGGUUUGAAAGAGGACCUUUGGGUGUGCUGUUGUUCAAACUAGGUGUCUUCACUCAAGGACAGCUGGGCCUGGUAGAUAUCAUUUUCCAGUACAUUCACUGUGAUAAGAUCUAUGAGGCAAUAAACAUCCUGAGCAGCAUGAACUGGGACACUCUGGGCCACCAGUGCUUUAUCAGCAUGAGCGCCAUUGUAAACCAUCUUCUUAGACAAAAGCUCACUCCAGAGAGAGAAGCACAGCUUGAGGCAAGCCUUGGAACCUUCUAUGCUCCAACAAGACCACUUCUGGAUACCACUAUAUUGGAAUAUAGAGACCAAAUCAGCAAAUAUUCAAGGAGAUUCUUCCACCAUUUGCUCAGAUACGAGAGGUUUGAAAAGGCAUUUCUCCUAGCUGUUGACAUUGGUGCUCGUGACCUGUUUAUGGAUAUUCAUUAUCUUGCACUAGAUAAAGGUGAAUUGGCACUAGCUGAAGUGGCAAGAAAAAGAGCUAGUGACAUUGAUGCAGAAUCAAUAACCUCUGGAGUUGAACUGCUGGGGCCCUUGGACAGAGGGGAUAUACUAAAUGAAGCUUUUGCUGGCCUGUCUUUAGCACCUCAAGUGGAAGACUCAUUUCCAGAUAACCUCUCUCCCUCUGGUUCCUCCCACCAACAUACUGUACGACAAAGAAAACUGAAUGGCUCUUCUAACAAACAAGUAAUGGACAGAAGAAAUGAACUUGAAAAAGACAUCUGUUCUGGAUCUUUGAUGACUAAUACCUAUAAUGCAGAAGAAAGAGAACUGGGUGAAGACUGCAGAGAACAGGAAAUCAGAGAUGGUAGUUCUCUCAGAAUGAUUCACUUUGGUCUGGUGUAAACCAGAAGAACAAAAGAAACCCACCUUUUUCAUAUCUAAACUUUUUCAUGGCCUGAUACAGACUUAAAAUCUCCCUGUGUGGAUUCUGAACAAGGAGACAGUAUGAAUUAUAUGAAUUAGUUAAGAGUUCUAAGUGGAGUGUUUUCAAAAUAAAGUUUUAUUAUUU